AUGGCUUCAGCCCAACCACUUCGGCCGCGCCAAUUUCCUGCAUCUGGAUUCGUCAAACUGGACCCCUCAGAGAAAGUAGAAGAGGAAGAACUUCCCUUUUAUGUAGCAGAACGAUACUACCCUGUCUAUAUUGGUGAAGUCUUUGCGGGAAGGUAUCAGGUCGUCUCCAAGCUCGGGUAUGGCACGACUUCCACAGCCUGGCUAUGCCGGAAUCUUCAAGACCACAGUUUUUACACAUUAAAGAUAUGUGUUCAGGGUCAACAGCCUAGUAAUGAGAUCAGGGUUUCCGAGCAUCUAUCAAAAUGCAGUGAACAUUUUGGGAAAAAUCUUGUUCGUCUAGUCCUUGAUUCCUUUGAGGUUGUCGGUCCCCAUGGGAAGCACACUUGUUUGAUUUAUCAGCCCCUUGGAAUGAGUUUCACUGAAUUUCGUGACUUGCUACCCGAGAAGAAGUUCCCAAAGGAUCUUGUUCAGAGGAGCAUUCAACUCACCUUGAUUGCACUGGCUUUUAUGCAUGAAAACAAUGUUAUUCACACAGACAUCUCGUCAAAUAAUAUACUCUUUGGAAUCGAGGAUCCUUCCAUUUUCUCGCAGAUUGAAGAAGAUGAGAUGACGAGACCAAUUGCUAGAAAAGUUCUGGAUGAUCGUCAUAUUUACUUCUCCCGACCGUUGCCCGUUAGUACAGGCUUGCCUGUCAUUUCCGACCUUGGAGAGGCUCGAGUUGGCAGCGGAAAACAGAGGGGAGACAUCAUGCCUGGAAUCUAUCGGGCCCCAGAAGUGAUCUUAGAUAUGGGUUGGGACUCCAAAGUUGAUAUCUGGUCUAUCGGCACCAUGGUCUGGGAUUUAGUCGAAAGCAGUCAUCUUUUCUUCGCAAAGAAAGAUCAUGUCCUCGAUGAUGAACAGCACCUAGCAGAAAUGGUGUCCCUAAUGGGGCCUCCCCCUCAGGACUUUCUGAAGAGAAGUGGGAAAUGUCAGCAGUUUUGGGACAUGCAAGGUAAUUGGAAAGGCUCUGUGCCCAUCCCAGAGCAAACGCUAGCGAUGAGAGAGCGGCAAUACUCUGGAGAAGAUACCGCUCUCUUUCUGACUUUCUUGCAAAAGAUACUCCGCUGGUUGCCGGAUGAGCGGCCAACAGCGGAGGAGCUUGCAUAUGAUGACUUUUUAAUGCAGCCGCUGCUCGAUCCAGGGUCUAAAGGUCACAUGUGA